AUGUCCCCAGCAUACAAGCAAUUCCUCUUUGCAGUGCUUGUUGGUUUUGCUGUUGCGGUUUCAGUCGAUUCUCAGAACCAAACAGGCUUCAUUAGCAUCGAUUGCGGUCUACCGUAUAAUUAUAGCUACACUGAAAGGACAACAGGCAUUAACUAUAUUUCAGACUCGACCUUCAUAGACACCGGUGAAAGUGACUACUUAUUGGGUGAGUCAAAGUUUAAUCAGCCAUACUGGUACCUUAGGAGCUUCCCUCAAGGAGUGAGGAAUUGCUACAAAAUAAACAUUACAAGUGGCACCAAAUAUUUGAUCCGAGUGGGUUUUCAAUAUGGGAAUUACGACGGAAAAAAUGAAGCACCCGAAUUCGAACUACAUCUCGGACCAAAUUUGUGGGAAAUAAUGAAUUUCUCAAUGGUUGUUCCCACAACAACCAGAGAGCUUAUACAUACCCCUCCGCAAGACUACAUACAUAUAUGUCUGGUGAACACAAACAAAGGGGUUCCAUUUAUAUCGUUAAUAGAACUAAGGCCUUUACUUAGUACAUCUUAUGCAGAAACAAAUUUGUCCUUGGCACUUGUCUCCCGCAAAGACACUGGUUUAUUAGUUAAUGAUACAACAUACAACUUCAGGUAUCCAACCGAUAUUCAUGAUCGCGUGUGGGAUACCGAAUCCGUUUAUGAUGAGAAGGAGUUGCAAUUAAGUACCCCAGCCUUGGUGAACAAAUCUUAUUUUCAUGCUGAUUUCCAAAUACCAUCUGCUAUCAUGAGCACUGCUGUCGCCACAAAAAAUGCAAGUGAUCCUUUGUAUGUUUACUUGGAUGCUUUUGAUAACAAUCCAGAAUAUCAUGUUUACUUGCAUUUUGCAGAAAUUCAAAAGCUCCCAUCCCACCAGCAGCCCAGAAAUUUAUAUAUUGUUUUGAACGGACGGCCUCAAGAGCCGUCAUUUGUUCUACCUUACUUGUCCACAUAUACACUUCACACCACCUGGCCCACUACAAUAUUUUCUUCUAUGUCAAUCCUCAAGACUGACAACUCUACCCUUCCACCCAUCCUCAAUGCCUAUGAGACUUACGAGGCUAAAAAGUUCUUACAAUUGGAAACAAACCAAGGAGAUAUUGAUGCAAUCGAAAACAUCAAGUUACGUUACAAAAUCAGUAAGAACUGGCAAGGAGAUCCAUGCAGCCCUCAAGCUUACAAGUGGGAAGGAUUAAAUUGUAGCUAUCAUGAAUCUAGGCCCCCAAGAAUCAUAUCUUUGGACUUGUCCUCCAGUGGAUUAAGAGGCCAGAUAUCUCCUUUUAUAGCCAAUCUCUCAAUGAUACAAGCUUUGGAUUUAUCAAACAACAACUUGACAGGACCAAUUCCAGACUUUUUGUCUUACAUGCCAAAUUUAACUGUCCUAAACUUGGGGCAAAAUAAGCUCAGAGGCCAAGUUCCAGCAGGGCUCAUUGAUAGAAAUAAAACUGAUGGGCUAUCAUUGAGUCUCUGUGAAAAUCCAAAUCUAUCCAAAUUCGGACAUGUUUCUUGCAAAUCAAGGAAGAAGCACAAUGUUGUUAUCCCCGUGGUAGUAUCCAGUGUUGGAACUAUCAUCCUCUUAUUAACUGUAGCAGCUAUCUGGUGGAGAUGUGAAAGUGAAGAAAUAGAUGAGCCAAUCGAGCCACGGGGUAGAAAAUUUACAAAAUCAGAGAUCGACAAGAUUACCAGCAAUUCUACACUAAUUGGGCGAGGCGGAUUUGGAGAAGUCUACCAUGGCACUCUGGAAAAUGAUACCCAAGUUGCUGUGAAAAUACUUGAUCUAUCAUCAAGUCAAGGCUCAGAAGAAUUUCAAAAUGAGGUUAAGUUAUUGAUGAGAGUUCAUCAUAGAAACUUGGUUUCUCUAAUUGGCUACUGUGACGAAGGUGACACUAUGGCGCUUAUUUACGAAUACAUCGCGAAUGGAAAUUUGCAACAGCAUAUAUCAGCUGCAGAUACACCUUACAAGGGCUUGACUUGGAAGCAGAGACUUCAGGUUGCAGUAGAUGCAGCACGAGGAUUGGAAUAUCUGCAUGAUGGUUGCAAACCGCCGAUACUGCACAGAGAUUUGAAGCCUUCCAACAUCUUGUUAACUGAGACGUUGCAAGCCAAGAUAGCGGACUUCGGAAUUUCUAAAGCUCUUGCAACUGAUUCUGCCACUCAUGCAUUAACAGACCUCAGAGGAACAUAUGGGUACCUGGAUCCUGAAUAUUGCACAACUGGACAGCUCACCAGAAAGAGUGAUUCAUACAGCUUUGGGAUUGUGUUGCUAGAGCUUAUAACUGGCAGACCAGCAAUAAUAACAGAAUUAGAAACUGUACAUGUUAAUGUAUCUGAUUGGGUGAGGGCUAAAUUUGAGAGAAUGGAAAUUGAAAGCAUAGUGGAUUCGAGAGUACAAGGGACAUACGAGUAUUCUUCUGCACAGAAAGCUAUAGAAACUGCCUUGGCUUGUGUAUCUAAAACACCAACAGAAAGGCCAGAAAUAAGUCAUGUGUAUGACAGAUUGAAGGAAUGCUUUGAGAUUGAGAAGGUUUCUGAGGAAUUAGAGAUUGGGAGUGGCGAUGAGGGACAAUUAAUAACUCAAAUCAGAGAUUGCUUGGAAAUGAACUCCCAGGUUCAGUCUAAAAGACUUACUGUUUAGGACUAGUCCUUUGAGUGUUGGUGUUAUUCUUAGGCUUCUGGUUUGGUUGCAGUUUGUCCCUCUGGGUCAGUUUUUUUCUUCUUCUUUUUUGGGCUUGUUGGCGCUAGUCCUUAUGUUAAGUUGUUUGUUGCUCUUGGAGAUGGCCAGUCCUAGAACUUGAAAGAUAUGUAAAAAUAAAAGUUGACGAUAUAAAGUUAGACGUGAUUGUUACACUCAACCUUCCAAUCUGAGAAACCAUAAUUGUUAUGGCAAUCAAGGCAAGUGAUCUUUCCCUUU